GCCCGGUGACUUGCCGCUCCGUGCCGCUCCACGCCGCUCCGCAUCAGGGUCGUCGCUGCAGCGGUUGCUAGCCGAUAGGCUGCCGCUGCUCUCCGGUUGGGAUGUGACUGAGGUGCGGCAGGAAUAAUCGACUCUAACACUCGCUGAGGGCCGAACCGGGACAAGCAGGACUGCUCCCGGCCUGUAGCUGCGCCUCUUUAUCUCCAUCCCCGCCCUCCGGACUCUGCUCAGGAUGGAGGACUCUGAAACAGAGCUGGUGGUUUCAGAGUCGGAUGCUCUGGGUGCAGACUUCAUCACAGUGGAGUUGGACACCCAGCCCAUCGAGUACGUGGUGAAGUGGGCGGAGGUCGGCUCCAAAUUCACCAUCUCCUGCGUGAAGAAGGACUCCGAUGACCCGUCGGACCUGACGGCCGAGCAGCUGAAGAUCGAAACGGACGAGGCCUUCUUCGCUCCGUAUGAGGAGGUGUACCCCUGUGAGGUGACGGAGCAGAGCGUGGAGAUAAAGACAGACUCAGAUGAGGAUGAUGAGAAUGAAGAGGAGGAGGAGGAGGUGUUGGUAGAGGCGGGGAGCAGCCGGCUCGAUGGCGACCUGGACUCGGACCAGGCCGAUUUUGAGCCGGACGAGCGGCAGUACCGCUGCAGCUUCUGUGGAAAGUGUUACAGCCAUGCUUCGAGCUUGUACCGACACCAGCAGACCCACACCGGGAAGAGCGGCGGGAUGGUGCCGCCCACCAAACGGGCACUGGAGCCGACUCACCAGGAUGCACGUUACACCUGCCCUCAUUGUGGGAUGAGCUUCAAAGGAAGCAGGAUGUUGGGGAGUCACCUGCGACUUCACGGUAAGCGGCGGAUCCACCCCUGCAACAUCUGUGGAAAGGAGUUUAACCACAGCUCCAGCCUGUCACGCCAUCGCCUCAUCCACAAGAAAGGAAAAGGCCUCCCCAAGGAUGUCACCCUUGGUCCCAACAUGGCCUCUCUGCGCCACUCUUUUAAGGCUGGCGGCAAGGACAAGAAGAACAAAAGGCAGCAGCAGCAGCAGCAGCACCACCAUGUGGCCACCGCUAUCAUCCAGAGUCAGGGUGGGGAUAAGUUCUACGCCUGCCCGCAGUGUGACAUGAGCUUCAGGACGUCCACGCAGCUGUCCAAACACCAGGUGACCCACGUGAAGGAGCUGCUAGACAACUACACCCCCGGCAAGGAGAAUUUGGGCGAGAGCUCAUCCGACCUCAAGAUCCGCCUCAAGCUCUGCUCCCGAGACAAGCCCAACUUCUACACCCUUUGCAAGAAGAACCGUCGCCGCAGAGGGGGGCGAGCAAACAAACGGGGGCCCGCCAUCUCUGAGGUAGAGGAUGGCGUUGGAGGAGGAGGUGGAGCAGGUCGCCACUGCUGCACUCAGUGUGGGAAGCGGUUCAGCCACGCCUCCAGCCUGGCGCGACACCAGCAGACCCACAGGGCCAUGGAUGGCAUUGGAGGGGGCAAGUUGCAACAGCACCAGAAGCAACUUCAAGUCAAGACCGGACUCCCCACAGCCAAGACCAAGACUUACACCUGUGCCGCCUGCAACAAGACCUUCAUGCACUCAUCCAGCUUCUCCCGCCACAAGAAGGCCCAUAUGGAGGAGGAGCAGCGGGCCCGAUCCGCUGCUGCAAAGCGCCGGAAGAGAGUUGUCUUAGACGAGACCGCUCCGCUGGAGUCCGACUCUGAGUGACAUCACCUGGUUUUGGACUGGGGCUGACCCAGUUCUGGACCAUUUCUGGGUUGGCUCUGAAUCAGCACUUACUGGUUCUGGACUGGUUUGGGACCAGUUCUGGUAGAGUUCUAGUUUGACAAGGUUCUUGAAAGUUCUCCACCAGUUCUGGACCAGUUAGGGACAGAUUCUGGGCUGCUCAUGGCAGUUUGUUUAGCUAGGGUUCUGGAACUGGAACUGGUUGAUUCUUAUCUGGUGUAGAUAUCAGCAGGACAUCCAUAUAUGAUCAUAUGCUGAGGGGAACUCCACAUAUGGUCAUACCCAUAUAUGGUCAUCACUGAACAUUAGAUGAAUGCUCUAAAGGAUGGGAUUAGAUUUCAAGUGUUACCCCCCUGCCCUGCCCCUCCCUCACAGAUCAUUUAGGUUGCACACAGACCUGUUCGCUUUGAUUCUGCUCUCUCUACACUCCAUUUCCCAUCAGCCACCUGGGGAGGGCUGGGAGCUACUGGGCACCAGAGUCACCUUCUAGCCAACCUGCCAUCAGCUCUGGGAGGUGUUCAUCUGGUGGCUUCCAGUCAGAAGUCGGCGUGCAGAGCAUAAUGGGACAUUUAGUCUCCACAGACAAGUACAGCAGCACAACCAACCUGUAGAUCCAGUUCAGACCGGGCUCCACGCUCAGAUCAGACCGCGGAGGAUCAGUUUGAAUUUACCAACAACAAAACUACAGAGUACUCCAAAUUUAAUGUGAGAAUCUAAUCAGAGAGCAACAAACAAACUGUCAGUGACAUCAAUCAAAAGACUAACUUUAAAAACCAUGAGGUACUCUGAAUCAGACUGAAGCUCUCUGUUAUUACAGAUCAAACCCUCGCUCUCUGUUUGGAUCUUAUAGUUUCUUUCACAGUCCGUAUCUACCCUGAACAAAGCUACGACUCCAGCUGGGACAAGAAAUGCACGACAUCACUGAAAAGAUAUAAACCCAAUAUCAUUCUCCUAAUUGUCUAAAAAAGACCUCUUAAUUAUGACUUUCAGGUACAUCUUUGGUCUUAAACUCUCAGAUUUGUGUCUCCAGGUAAAGAUUUUUCCUUUUGAUUUCUUUGACACUUUUGAAGGAAAGGUCCUCUACACUCUAACUCACCUGAAUCCUACCCUGACCUGUGAUCAAAUACAUCUACUGAUAGUUUUCCAUCCCAGUAUCUCCCACAAAGUUCACUGAAAAACAUAGAAAUCCUCAUUUAGACCCAAAGAUUGAUCGAAUAUCAGAACGGUUUUAGAUUCCCGAUGAUGGUCUCAUCAGUCCGGCCCCUUAAAGCUCUGAUUUCUCUCCUCAGUGGUUCUGUAUUAGUCGUGUUAAUGAUUGGUUGAAAAGCUGAACACAGGUUUGUUGUUCGUAAACUUCCGCACAGGUCUGAUGAGGUUAAUCACAGAUCUAAUCCAGACCAGAGACUCCUGCUGGUCUACAUGAGCGUGACUCCCCCGGUUCCUUCAUGUUUUUUUUCUUAACAGAGUGAUUUGAUUGGCUGCAGUUCCUUCUGACGCAUCGUUCUGAUCGGUUAACAGUUUAGUGACUUUGAUAUUUUGACAAGGUAAAAAUGUGAGAUGUGAAGCGAACGAGCUGAUUGGUCAGACCUAGCGUUCCUGCACAUUUAACAUUUGCAUGAAGACUAUAAGCUGCAGACAGUCAGCCAUAUUUGUAGUUUUCCGGCUGUGUGGCCGAUGACUGAUCUGCGGCGUUCUGAUUUGUCGUACACCAACAGAGCAGUCGUUUUGUGGAGGUUGAAGAGAAACUGCACUUCUUAUUUAUGAAUUUGGAACAAUGUUGUAAUAUAUAAAUAUAAAUAGUAUUUAAAUGUGAUUGACCAGUUAAAUAAAGAAAACAACAGAGCACCUAGCCAGGCUUAGCUGUCCUCGUCAUCAUAGCACCACCACCACCACCACCAACACCACCACCACCAUUAUUGUUCAGCAUCCUCAUCGUCAACAUCGGCCAACAGGAAAAGACUGACUCACUACAACAACGCCCUCCUGUAGACACCCAGAUUUUCAAAAUAAGAGCCUCCAAAUAUGUUAAAAAUAAGGCAGUCGCCGGCCUUCAAAGCAAAACCCCCAAAAAUUCACUCCAGCCCACAAAGGGAACUAUUGUGUGUUUCUUUUUUUCUAGCCUUUGUGCUAAAAUAGACAUAAUUUAUUAAUGGUAAAAAUAAUUUAUUGAAUUUUGUGAGCUGAUAGCAAAGGAAGCUGUUUCCACUAAAGUAAGACAUGACACAUUUUGAAGAUGUCAGAAAAUCUGGACUCGUCAGGCUUUCCUCUGAGGACGUCUGGACCAACACGGACAAAGAAAUGAAAAACUUGUUCGUAUCUUCGUCAGCUGUUUGAAAAGUUUGCUGGCACAAACACUCAACAGUUGUUUCUAAAAGGUUAAAUUAGUGAACGAUCCAGACUUGGUGGCGAUGUAAGCGUUGAUCCACAGAGAGAGCCCGGAGCUGUGGACGAGCUGAAGGAUCGAUCCUGUGACGAGUUUCUUUUCCACACUGUUGGAACAGCUUCAGCCAAAAUACCCCCUCACUUAUUUUCCUGCUCCACAAAUCGUCUUUGGACCGCAGACGCUUUGAGUUUGUGAAUAACAUUUUACUGUGUGAAUUGGAUUUGACUUAAUUUAGUUGUUACCUAUUUAUAAAUGUGUGUUCGCACUACGAACCUCCCGAAGAAAAUAGUGAAAAACAAAUUCCUCCUCCUUCUCCUCCUCUUCCCUCCUGCUCUUCAUCCUUCUGGUUUGUGUUCUCUCAGUUUCAGGACUUAAAGAUGCUGUUCUCCUCUUUUAGUCCACAGUUUUGCAUUUUGAUCCAUGUUGUGUUGCUUUGUUUUCUGUUCAUGUCGUGGUUCCUGCAAAGCUUCACCCCAAGAUAGAAGGUUGUUCGUCAUUGUAUUGUGUUUGCCAAUAGAAUAAACCCAGUGGACAUGUAUUGUCUUGCGUUUUGUAAUAAACCUUUAAAAGAA